UGAUUUCAGUUUGUUUGUGGCUACCGAUCGGUUCGGAUCGUUGUUGAUGAUCGUUGUUGGUGAUCGUGCGCGUGAGUGCUUUUCGGUUUGGGGUUUUGGUGAGGCGUUCUUGUGUUGUUAGAGUGGUUUUUGCACGUGAUUAUCUGUGGUGGUAUGGGUGCGUGACAUUUCUGCACGACAUUCUUGAUCAGUCGGGAUCUGAGCUGUUAGGUGGCGACCCAGUUCUUGCGGUAACAAACCCUUUGAGGGGGGCUACAAAUAGGAUCGGAAAAGCAGAACAAAAUUAUCGACCGGGUGCUUGUGCUUGGGGUCUUGUAGCAGCAGGAAGACUUGAUCCGAUCGAGAAACCAGUUUUCUCUCUCCUGUGCGCUCUGUGGAGACUUGGUUGGUCUCGUAGUAGGCGAGGAACCCCUUUGGACUUGGAUUGGGUUACCACGGCAAAUCAAACGGGAAAACAAGAGUGAAAAAAGGAAAAGUUGUCAUCGGCCAACUUCAUCGUGGCACUGCGGUUGAAAGUGAUAAUCGGAUCAAUAAAUAAAAUUCAACCCGCCAAACCAGUAAGCCAACAAGCGGGGGGUAAGAAGAGGAAGUUGUGCAACUUGUGUGUGAUAACCUCCUGUCCUGGGUAAUGUAACCCAAACGGCGACAGGAAGUCGAAAAUUGGAGUUCGAUCGUUACCAAAAUUUAAUACGUACAUACAGUCAAUGGUCAAGUGCUCGAAAACAGCAAGUGCGCCCUCAAUGUUGGAAUAGCUAUUGUAUUUUGUAGUUCAACUGUGUAAGUGCAAAAUUCCUAGCCACUGGUACACCUCGAAGGAAGAAAUAACGUCCAAGCAUCUUUCCCCUUCACUUUUGGCGAAGAGAAACCAAGAAAUGCCGCGUUAAGGUGUCCAGAAGUGCUAGCUGGAGGCUAUUUGUGAUUGUUCAUCUUUUGUGAAAAGAAGAGAGAAGAAAAAAAGUAGCAUUAGAGCUCUAGCGACGAUGGGACGACACUUGCAGAAGUUAGUGGAGAAGGAAGUUGAUCACAGCAAUCAGCGUUUUGGCCGAAGAAGAUGGCACGACGUGGCCACGAGUCAACAACAACAACAAGUAGUAGGCGGUGAGGCUAGCUUAGUGCUGCGAAGAAAAUCAGCUGCUGCUGCUGUUGGCUCCGAGAAGAUGUUCAAGAAAACGAUUACAGCUGCCGUAGUCGGUGUGAUUUUGGUCACCAUCUCAGCGGUAAACUGUCAAGUGUGUGGACCACCAGCGAUACCGGCUAAUUCCCGGGUAACAACGGAAGCUGCCACCGAUGGAGGGCGUGGAUUGCGAUCGGCGAGAUACGAGUGCGAUUCCGGCUAUGAACUGUUCGGCCAGGAGACCAUCAAAUGUGACCCAGUGAGAGGCUGGGAUCGUGAUUUACCCUUUUGUGGCACCAAUGUGGCUUACCGAAAGCCAGUAAAUCAAUCAUCGGCAACACGAGCCGGCCCGGCGGGUUUCGCCAAUGACGGCAAACCGGGUAACCAGAACCCGGACGGCCAGGAGUGCUCGGAAACGCAGAAAGAGCCAUCGCCCUGGUGGCGAGUCGAUCUACUCACCCCGGAAGCCGUGCGUGUGGUUCGGAUUACGACUCGAGGUUGCUGUGGUCACCAGCCGCUGCAGGAUUUGGAAAUCCGCGUGGGUAACAGCAGCACGGAUUUGCAGCGAAACCCUCUGUGUGCCUGGUAUCCGGGAACGAUGGACGAAGGAACGACGAAGAGUUUUACUUGCGCAAGACCACUCAUUGGGCAGUACGUUACGAUACAGCUGGUGGGCGUGGAAAGCAGUCUCAGUUUGUGUGAGGUAGAAGUUUUCUCCAAUGAUGAGUUUUCACCGGAUCGUUGUGCGGCUCCGAAUCUGAACGCCGAUACGGUUUUGACCACCUUUGCCAAAACGUGCUACGAGUUCCACAUCACCCGGGGGGAGAGUUUCGAUAAGGCUCGACAAGUUUGUCAAUCGCAUGGCGGUGACCUAAUACACAACAUCCGCGGGGCCACGACGGAUUAUAUCAUCUCGGAACUGGAACGUCGCAAAACCGACCUCCGCACGCAGCUGGUGUGGAUCGGGGCCCAGAAAGAUCCCAGUAUCACGUCCCGCACCUGGAAGUGGGUAAAUGGAGAUACGGUGCUGAAGCCGACCUGGGGAAAAGAUCAGCCGAACAACUACAACGGCGAGCAGAACUGUGUCGUGCUGGACGGGGGCCGCAACUGGCUGUGGAACGACGUCGGCUGCAAUCUGGACUAUCUGAACUUCAUCUGCCAGCACAGCCCCCUGAGCUGCGGAUCGCCGGAAGCUCUGGUCAAUACGACCAUUGUGGGAAAAAACUUCACCAUCGGGGCCAGCAUCAGCUACAACUGUCCGGUGGGCCACUCGCUGAUCGGCGAUGGGCAGCGCCUGUGCCAGGGCUCCGGAGUCUGGAGCGGUCGGCCACCGACCUGCAAGUACGUUGACUGUGGGCCGCUGCCGGAAAUCGAACACGGUGGAAUCAUUCUGUCGGAGCAGCGGACCAGCUUCGGUGUGAAGGCGACCUACACUUGCCACGAGAACUACACCCUGAUCGGCAAUGAAAACCGUACCUGCCUUGCCGACGGUUGGUCCGGAACUGAUCCUCGGUGUCUGAUCGAUUGGUGUCCGGAGCCACCGGCAAUCCAGGGCGGAACGAUCAAGGUUACGGGGCGACGGGCUGGUUCGACGGCCGUGUACUCCUGCGACUAUGGGUUCGUACUGAUCGGUGAACCGGUGCUGUCGUGCGGCCUUGGCGGAAAUUGGACCGGCAAGACUCCGGUUUGUCGCUUCGUGGACUGCGGAAUGCCUGCGCGGCCAGAUCGCGGAAAUAUGUUGCUGGUCAACGAUUCAACGACUGUCGGUUCCGUUGUUCGGUAUUUCUGUGACGAUGACUACUGGCUUGUUGGACCCCAAGAGCUGUACUGUACCAAGGAUGGAAAAUGGUCCGGAAAUGCACCGGCUUGCGAGCUAAUCACCUGUGAAACGCCACAUGUUCCACCUGGUUCAUACGUGGUCGGCUACGACUACAACAUCCAUUCGUCUAUUCAGUAUCACUGCGAUCCGGGACACAUUCUUCGAGGGGAUGACACUCUGACGUGCUUGGAAUCGGGACAUUGGAGUGGUGAUGCCCCCGAUUGCGAGUACGUCGAUUGUGGUCCACUGACUGCCAUUCCUUUCGGAUCCCAUCGAUACAUCCAAAACACCACAUUCCUCGGAUCAGAAGUUGUGUACUCAUGCGCUAACUCUCAUCGGCUCAGUGGAAGCCCAAAACGUAUCUGCCUGGAGAGCGGUCUCUGGAGCGAUUCAGCUCCCCGCUGUGAGGAAAUCCGUUGCCCGGAACCGACCUUCGCUCCUCACAGCAUUCUUAGCGUCACCGGCAACGAUCGAAUGUAUGGAAGAACGUUAAUCAGAACAUCGGACGUACCCUCGAAUAGUGUCCAGACGUACAAAAUCGGAGCGCUCGCCAAAUAUCGCUGCGAGAGGGGCUACAAAAUUGUUGGAGAGCCUCUGAUCACCUGCGAGGAAAAUGGCCUGUGGAGUGGAGAGAUCCCGGAAUGUGUUUACGUGGACUGCAAUGCUCCACCGCCGACGAAGCAUGGUCGGGUUACGUUAGCCACCAAUGCCACCUACUAUGGAGCUGCUGCGCUGUACGAGUGUGACAGUAACUUCAAGCUGGAUGGUGUUUCGCGGCGCCUUUGCAUGGAAGACGGCAGCUGGAGUCACGAAAAUCCGGCCUGCGUCGAGAUUACCUGUGACGAGCCGAACCUGGCGGAGAAUUUGGCGGCCAGCUACGAGGGUGCCCGGAAGGUGGGAACCACGGCCAAGUUUAGCUGCGCCAAGGGACGCUACAUGGUGGGAAAUGAUUCGAGACUGUGCCAAUCGAACGGUAUCUGGUCCGGACGGAAUCCGGUGUGCAAAUUGAUUGACUGCGGACGGCCGAUGGACAUCGAGAACGGGCGAGUGAUUGUUGUCAAUGAAUCGACCGUCUACGGUGGAUCGGCGGAGUAUCACUGUGUGCCGCACUACAAUCGCAUCGGUCCCUAUCUGCGAAAAUGUAUGGACGACGGCAAGUGGAGCGGCGAGGAACCUCGUUGUGAACUAAUUGUCAACGAUGCCCAGGAGACGAACAGUCUUGGAACGGGUAUUGCGGUGGGCGCAGCGAUAAUCGUGAUCCUGCUGAUUCUCAUCGGAGUACUAUUUCUACACCGCAACAAGGCUCGUCCGGUGAAGAACACAGAAAACGUCCAAGCGGCAGAACACAAGGACGAACAGAACGCUGCUGUGAUGUCCUAUUCCUCGCUCGAGAACGGUAGACAUAACUUUGAUCUACCGAACCGGGGUAACCUGGUAACAUUCAAUACGUUCCAAGGAGGUGGCGCAAAUGGAACCAACGGCCAUCCGCCUCCACCAAGUAGAUUUAACAAUAGUAGUUCUAAUGGAAUUAAUGCUAGCAAUAACAAUAGCAUAAGCAGCAGGCACAUGAACGGGGGGCGAGAAAACAUCUACGACCAAAUACCGAGCGAGCAACUGUACGACGCUCCCUACGAAAUGCGAAACAAUGACGAAGUGUACGAACCGGAACCGACCAUCAGAGGGAAUGUCAUCACAAUCAAUGGGGUUAGUGUACGAUAAACUACCCCGGGAAAACCAACCAGCCCACAACUAAGUUUUGGUUAUUUAGUUUGUAUACUCGAAAGACUACACACUGCGCGUACGAAAGAAGAAGAAAAAAGAAAAGUUUUUAAACAACAAUUUUAUUUAUUUAGGCCUUUGGAAUCAUCAGUGCCGCCUUUCAAAGGCACCACUUUGUGUAUAUAUUUUUCCCCUUAAACGAAAAACAAACAAAUCGUAAAUUCUAUCCAAGCACAAUUGGUAGUAAAUCAAAUACUCUUGAAAAGAGCUUCUUAGAACAUGUAAAUAUUAAGACUAAUACAAUAAAUAGAAUCGUAA